GUUUUUUUCAAUUUUGAGCCAUCAUGCCAGCAUUGGUAUUGCACGGGCACUAAAUGGUGGGCAAAAUUGUUUUCCUGAGAGCAGCAGAAGAGCGUUUGUUGGUUCCAAAGAAUGGCCCAGCAGCAAGCACUGCGGUUCCGUGGCCCAGCUCCCCCACCCAACGCGGUCAUGCGGGGCCCCCCGCCUCUCAUGCGGCCACCACCACCCUUCGGCAUGAUGCGGGGUCCUCCUCCGCCUCCUCGGCCCCCUUUCGGACGACCUCCAUUUGAUCCAAACAUGCCUCCCAUGCCACCUCCAGGAGGGAUUCCUCCUCCCAUGGGGCCUCCGCAUUUACAGAGACCACCAUUUAUGCCUCCUCCCAUGGGUAGCAUGCCGCCACCUCCUGGUAUGAUGUUCCCUCCAGGAAUGCCGCCCGUCACUGCCCCCGGAACGCCAGCGAUGCCCCCAGCUGAGGAGAUAUGGGUAGAAAACAAAACUCCAGAUGGCAAGGUCUAUUUCUACAACGCGCGCACGCGUGAGUCGGCGUGGACCAAGCCGGACGGGGUGAAGGUGAUCCAGCAGUCGGAGCUGACGCCGAUGCUGGCGGCGCAGGCACAGGCACAGGCCCAGGCACAGGCGGUCGGUGCCUCCACCCCCACCACCAGCAGCCCUGCGUCUGCAGCCUCCCCGUCCACCUCCUCCAGCACUCAGUCCUCCACCACCUCCACCACAACCACAGCCACCUCGGGCUCACAGACCAUCUCCACACCUACCACACAAGACCAGACCCCGAGUUCGGGUGUUUCAGUUGCCACCCCAUCAGUCAGUGUCUCAACCUCUGCUCCUUCUGCUCCGCCUGUGCAGCCUGUGCCCCAGGCAGUCCCACAGACAUUGCCUCCUGCCGUUCCUCACGCAGUGCCUCAGCCAACUGCGGCAAUUCCUGCUUUUCCGCCAGUAAUGGUACCUCCAUUCCGUGUCCCCCUUCCCGGCAUGCCUAUUCCACUUCCAGGCGUGCUGCCGGGCAUGGCCCCCCCCAUCGUGCCCAUGAUCCACCCCCAGGUGGCCAUCGCGGCCUCCCCCGCCACCUUGGCCGGAGCAGCCGCCGUCUCCGAGUGGACCGAGUACAAAACAGCCGACGGGAAGACCUACUAUUACAACAACAGGACUCUGGAGUCCACGUGGGAAAAACCCCAAGAACUCAAAGAAAAAGAAAAAAUGGAAGAGAAGAUCAAAGAGCCAAUUAAAGAACCUUCAGAGGAGCCUUUGCCCAUGGAGACAGAAGAAGAGGAGCCGAAAGAAGAACCUAUAAAAGAACUUAUAAAGGAGGAGCCGAAAGAGGAGGAGCUGACUGAGGAGGAGAAGGCAGCCCAGAAGGCCAAGCCAGUUGCCACCACCCCUAUCCCAGGCACCCCGUGGUGUGUGGUGUGGACGGGGGACGAGCGUGUGUUCUUCUACAACCCCACCACCCGCCUGUCCAUGUGGGACCGACCAGAUGACCUCAUUGGAAGGGCUGACGUGGACAAAAUUAUUCAAGAACCUCCUCACAAAAAAGGAAUGGAAGAAGGAAAAAAACUUAUCAGAGAAGAGCAUGAAUCUACAGAGGAAGCAAAUGAGGAUGAGCCUAUUAAAAUUAAAAAGCGCAAGAAAGAUGAUAACAAAGAUAUUGAUUCGGAGAAGGAGGCUGCUAUGGAAGCUGAAAUUAAAGCCGCUCGGGAGAGAGCCAUUGUCCCGCUGGAGGCUCGGAUGAAGCAGUUCAAGGACAUGCUUCUAGAAAGAGGGGUCUCUGCUUUUUCAACGUGGGAGAAAGAGCUACACAAGAUAGUUUUUGAUCCUCGUUACUUGCUUCUCAACCCAAAAGAAAGAAAACAGGUAUUUGAUCAGUAUGUGAAAACUCGAGCAGAAGAAGAGCGCAAGGAGAAGAAAAACAAAAUAAUGCAGGCCAAGGAGGAUUUCAAGAAAAUGAUGGAAGAAUCAAAGAUUAACCCAAGAACUACUUUUAGUGAAUUUGCAGCCAAGCAUGCUAAAGACUCGAGGUUCAAGGCAAUUGAAAAGAUGAAAGAUCGAGAGGCCUUGUUUAAUGAGUUUAUCACAGCGGCAAGAAAGAAGGAGAAAGAAGACUCGAAGACCAGAGGUGAGAAGAUCAAAAUGGACUUCUUUGAGCUGCUGGCAAACCACCACCUGGACAGUCAGUCUCGCUGGAGCAAAGUGAAGGACAAAGUGGAGACUGACCCGCGGUACAAAGCGGUCGACAGCUCGUCUCAGCGGGAAGACCUUUUCAAGCAGUACAUAGAGAAAAUAGCUAAGAAUUUAGACUCUGAAAAAGAGAAGGAGCUGGAGAGACAGGCUCGCAUCGAGGCCAGCUUGCGUGAGCGAGAAAGGGAAGUGCAGAAAGCUCGCUCGGAGCAAACCAAGGAAAUCGACAGGGAACGGGAGCAGCACAAACGGGAGGAGGCCAUCCAGAACUUCAAAGCGCUUCUGUCUGACAUGGUGCGUUCUUCAGAUGUGUCGUGGUCUGAUACCAGGAGGACUCUGCGCAAAGAUCAUCGGUGGGAGUCUGGCUCCUUGCUAGAAAGAGAGGAGAAGGAGAAGCUCUUUAAUGAACACAUUGAAGCACUUACCAAAAAGAAGAGGGAACACUUUAGGCAACUUCUGGAUGAAACUUCAGCGAUAACUUUAACAUCAACGUGGAAAGAAGUGAAAAAAAUCAUUAAAGAAGAUCCAAGGUGCAUUAAAUUUUCCUCGAGUGACCGGAAAAAGCAAAGGGAGUUUGAGGAGUACAUCAGAGACAAGUACAUCACUGCCAAAGCCGACUUCCGAACGCUAUUGAAAGAGACCAAAUUCAUAACCUACAGAUCCAAAAAGCUGAUCCAGGAGUCAGACCAGCACCUGAAGGAUGUGGAGAAGAUACUGCAGAACGACAAGCGGUACCUGGUUCUCGACUGCGUCCCGGAGGAGCGGCGCAAGCUCAUCGUGUCCUACGUAGAUGACCUGGACCGUCGGGGGCCACCUCCACCCCCCACAGCCUCAGAGCCCACCAGGCGAACGACAAAAUAGUUACAAAAUACUCUUAGGCCAAGGGUAUCUGUUAAAUCCAAAAGCUUGCAUGAGCCAUCUGUCAGGUUUAUACAUACACAUUACCGUGAGUAUAUUGCAAAACCAUCUGAGGAGCAGAGGAAGAAGCAGCAUUUGUGAACAUGAAAUGGUCUUGGGGGGGAACCAACACCAAAAAACCCACGUUAAAGGUAUUUGAGUUUCUUUGGGGCAGGACUGACGAAGGGCGAGCCAGUGGGCCCUGCGUGGUCCCCCCCGGGGUGGGAGCGGUGCGGUGUGUGUUGAGGGGUGGGUGUCUGACAGCCCCUUCUCAGCAGUCCUGGGGAGGAGUGUGGUGUGAGCGGGCACUGCCUGGGUGCCACCAGCGUCCCCUGGGCCAAGUGCUGGCUCGUAGCUUAAGUUAUUGAUGGCUGAUGGUCACCUUCUGGGAACAGAAGUCCCCGUUCUCUGCUCGCUCUCACCCCUCAGUCCAUCCCAGUCAGAGGUGAGGGGGAGACCAGAUCAGGUUUGUUCACAGCUCUGCUUUGUUCCUUACCCUGCCCAUGAAUUAGAAGCAAAAUUGGGUUGCUCUGCCCAAGUGAAGAUUUGUCUAAUAAUUUUUACUCGAAGUGGGAAACGCCUGGUAAAUGCCAGUGGGGACAGCGCAGGACAGGACGGUUGUAUAAACACAUUUUUAUUUACGAUAAAGUGAUCUUUACAUACUUCUGGAUUAGACUGUGGAUUUCCCCUCUGGGCAAUUCUUGUAAACUAUACUCCUGUUUUGAAUGUUAAACUUGUGUUUCUAAAGUUUAAUUUUGAAAUGUUGGGAUUGUUCAGUUUAUGUAUUUGAACUACAAUAAACCAACCCUUUUUAUAUAUGGA